CGUUCAUUAAUUGAAUUCAAGCGAAAAUGUUAGAGAACAACACAUUUAGUGAAUAUUAUUUAUGCAAUUUCAACGAUGCCGUGCCACUGGAUGAUUUGCCGGCCGAUGAGCAACUGCGCCAGUUAUGGACCGGCCAAGAGCUGUGGACAGUGGAGAACCUACGGCAGAUCAUCACCAACUGGCAGGAAAGGGAUUCCCACAUUAAGGAGACUCCCACGCAGCUACUCAACAGCUUUCUGCGUCUGUUCUUCGCGUUUGUGCAGAACAAUUGCACGGGACCCUUUGACAAAGUCGCCGAUUGCCAGAAAAUGCUGAGCCAACUGCAGUUGGAGGCAUUUGAGCCGCAGGAGCAGCUGAAGGCCAGCGGCGAGGAGUUGAAUCCCAACGUCAAGACGGGCGAACUGCUGGUUGUGGCCAGGGAAAUACUGCGCGGCUUGUUGGAAGCUUAUCCAGACUCAAAGGUCCUGGCCGUGUGGAAUAUACGGCUGAUUUGCCAGCAUCAGCUUAUCAUGGACGACCUGGCCGCCUCCCUCUACGAGCAGUUCAAGGCGGGAGCUGUGGUACUGCGGCCCCAAGCGAAGCACUUUUCCAGCAGGGAACUGCAGUCUCUGCUGCUGCUGGAGCUGGCCAAUGGCUACCUGCUGUUCCAUCGCUCCGAAAUGGCCUCCCAAGUGCUGGAUGAGCUCUGCUCGCACCUCCAGGUGGAACUGAAGGUCGAGGGUUUGCUGGGAGUGCGCAAAAAGUUCCAGCAGAAGCCCCUGCCCCAGCUCUGCCUGAAAGUGGAGCAGCUGUCGGAGCUGACGGAGGCCAGCAGGCCUGCCCUGCCAGCGGCUGCCGAGACCAACAGGCAGACAAAGCUGCCCAAGCUGCUGCUCCUGGAGGAUGAUACACGACUGGAGCGAAUACGCUUCAUUGAGCCAAAGGACAAUGAUGUCAUGACUUUGCCCAGCGUCCUGCAGGCCCUCGUCCUGGCCAAGGUAAAACAGUUGAAGCGCUCGCAGCCGAAGGACCGCCUGGCAGAUGAGCAGCUGGAGCCGUACACCCAGACGUUGCUCUACCAGGAGCACGGACCCCUUCAGGUGCGUCAGGCAGCCUUGCUCCUGAACUGCCUGCAGGAGUCUAACCAGCGCCGGACUGUCGAGCGCAGCUGGAAGCAGUGCGAGGAGUGCGUCAAGCUGUUGGACCAUAGCGAAGAGCAGCAGUCGCUGAGAUCUAGGCUGUCGUAUGGAUUCGCGGCCCACCUCCAGCCCAUCUGGCAGGUUCAGCUUCAGCUGGUGGAUCUCCUGAGGUCCCUGGGAAUGACCAAGACAGCUCUCGACAUUUGCCUGAAGAUUCAGGCCUGGCAGCAGGUUAUUGACUGCUACACCAGUCUGGAGCUGCGGCACAAGGCGGCGGAGAUCAUACGCCAGGAGCUGGAGAAGAAGCCCACGGCGCUGCUCUACUGCCUACUGGGCGACGCCAUCGAUGAUCCGCAGUGCUACGAGCAGGCCUGGCUGCAUUCCAAGAAGACGAGCAGCAAGGCCCAGUCCUACUGGGGAAACUACUUCUACAGAAGGGCGGAAUAUGCCCAGGCCCUGGAGCACUUUCAGCUGUCGCUGGAGAUCAAUACGCUGCAGGAGUCGACGCUCCUGCGCUGCGGCUAUUCCGCGAUGCAGCUGGAGAAGUGGGAGGCGGCCGUUAAGUCCUACCUGGCCUACACCCACCUGGAAGCCAACGGGUUCGAGUCGUGGAACAAUCUGGCCAAGGCCCUGAUCAACCUGGGCGACAAGCAGCGGGCGCAUCGUGUGCUGGGCGAGGCCCUCAAGUGCAACUACAGCAACUGGAAGGUGUGGGAGAACUACAUGCUGGUGGCCGUGGACACCUGCCACUGGGACGAUGCCAUGCGAGGCUACCAGCGUCUGUCCGAGCUGAAGCAGCACUACCUCGACCAGGAAGUGCUCGAGAGAAUCGUCUACGGCAUAGCCAAGCAGCAUCAGAAAGGACCCAGCCAGCUCCUAAUCAAGAGGAUUGUCCAGCUCCUCGGCCAGCAGUGCAUCCAGCACGGAAACGAGCCCCUGGUCUGGGAGCUGGCUGCCGUGGUGGCCGCCACACCGCUGAAGAAGGCCGAGCGGCUGGUCAAGUCGUAUCGGGCCUACACGGCCAAGCAUUUGGGAUGGGAGGUCAAGGCAGAGCAUGCCCAGAAAGCUCUGGAUCUGUGCCUGGAGGUGGCCGAGCUGUCUCUGGCGGCGGUCCAGGAGCAUGCCGCCGACGAGAGCGAAGUCAUGAUCACAUCCACACUAAACUCGGCCCGACUGUCCGGUACAUCCUGUCUGAACGCCCUGCGGCGCGCUAUCAACGUCAAUGUGCCGCCCGAGCAGCAGGAGAAGGCGGAGCAACUGGACAAACGGAUCGCAGAUCUAACCCAAGUGGUGCAGCAGCGAAUGAACACGCAACGGUCGGUUUAGCCGGACUCUGAACUAGAUUUAGUGUUUAUUAGUUGUACAUGAUAAUUGUGUAUUUAAAAAACUCCUUGGGCGUCGGCUAAGUGUGGCAUGGGCUACCGUGUUGUGUUGAAGUGUCGAAAAGUAAAAGAAACAAAAGGAUCAAAA